UUGUCAAGCCGUCACUGAACAAACAACGUGCGUUUUUCUGCGGUGUGUGGCUCCCUGGUCGUAUGCACCAUUUCCCGCAAAUUCAUUUCAACGGACUUUUGUGCGUGAGCAUUGUGUGACAAUCCAUGUGAUUCGUGGUUCAGUGAUAAGGAAAAUUCGUGAGAGGAUUGUUAAGGUGUAUGUUGUACAUAAUUUUUGGGUCGCAUUUGAUGUGACGACCAAAUUGAGUGAUAAUUGGAAUUUUUGCAUGUGUGGAAAAUGCUGUGAGACACCAAAAAUUUCGUCUUUUCCUUCAACAUCUUGGAGUGUGGUCUUUUGGCAUGUUGUUGUGUUGUGACAAAAAAAAAUCUCAAUUCACCCAUUCACUUUGAUAUGAAACACUGGCCGAAGACCAUUUAGGAGGAUUUCUUCCCGUGUGAAUGUAUAUAAUAAACACUUGAAGAAUUGGCGCGUUUAUACAUUCUGGUCAGGUGACAUAAAAUUGUAUGUUAGCUUCCAAAUGCAUUUUUUGUAAGAGAGAAAAAAAAAGAAAACUUUUGUGUAUUGGAUGCGAUUUAAAAUUCAGGUGAUAGUGCUCAAGAGGAGAUUGCCAAUAGUGAUUCAACUAAUGUAUAAGCUGUGAUUGUGGCCAAUAAUAUACAGGUGAAAGAGAGACGGGUUAGUUAUAUGAGAAAAGGAGGCAUUAUAUUCGCUGUGGUGCUACCUUGACGUUCCAACAACACUUUUGUACUGCUAAGGUGUCAAAGACCUUAUCACUUGGUGCUCCAGAUAAGGUUUAUAUUGUUUUUCUUUCUCUCUCUCAAAUACCAUGCACUUCAAUCAACUUGGAUGCUGUAUGUUGUGACUAUAUAUGUUUUCUUCUUAACACUGAAAAAAAAUCUCUCACAACUUUUCUUGUAAAACUUGAGUGGAAUUCCGUAGAACGGUGAUCAACGUGAGAGGAAAAAGAAGAAAAUUUUAAAUCAUUUCCUCUGGACAUAUUGCAUUUUGUGAAUCAAAGUUUUGUUGGAAGAAAAAAGUGAGAGAGAGAAAUUACCUACUGCCACAGAUUUUUUGCCUCAACUCCUAUGUUGAGCUUUUCAAAUCAAUUAAAACUCCACAGAGUUUGUAAUUAAAAAUAAAGAAAAAAAAAGAAAAAUAUACACCUUCUGCAUCAUCGAAUGUUGGUGUAAAUGCACGGCGGUGUUCAAGUGAAUGGGUUUAGAUUUUUUUCUUACUUUAAUAUAUUUCACACGAUUGCCUGUGUGUGUUAAUUUACAGUUCAAUUUUCAAUGAUAACCAAUUAUUGAGUGAAACUUCCACAACUGUGUGUUAGAGGAGCUUUUUUACUUUAAAAGCUAAAACGCUUGUGCGGUGCAGUGAAAUCACGGCACUUGCUAACCAAGUGCUCGUCGAUCAACGAUCAUCGAUCGCCAGCUCUGAUCAUCUCACAACGAUACCUAUAUUAUUUUCCAUGGACUAAUGGAAAUUAUAUAUUGAAUUUGUGGAACAACAACAGCAACAACAACAAAAAAUCGUCAAAGCGCAAUAGGAAUUGUGACCACACCAUGGCAUUUUCAUGUGAUUUGUGACACACGCAGAAAUUAGGUGACAAAAACUGUGAUAUCACAGUUGAUCAAGCAAAUACGGACAACAGAGAUUUAUUUUCUCUUCUGUGAGGUGGCACAAUCCUCAGAGAAGUCAGACAGCUGAGGCAGUGGGUUAGACAAGAAGAUGCUCAACUGCACGGAUCUGGCAUGCGUCCUUCACCAUCAUCAUUUUUAUGCUCAUUUGCAUCACUUACGACAUCACCUGCAAGAUGACAAUGACAAUACGGGGUAUGGAGAUGGGGGUGACAUAGACAACAAUGAUAUUCAGGGGUUGCUCAAUGACACGGAUUCUGAACUAUCGUCAUUAUCGCACCUUGAUGCUCCAGACGAUGUUAUUAACGUUGUUUAUGGAGUUGUUAUUGCCAUGCUCCUUGUUGGUGUUAUUAUCGUCCUAGUCGCAGUUACAAUCAGUAAACUACGGAAGCGUGAAGAGAGUUCCAGUUCAGUCACAGUUGAGGCUCCAACGCAGAUUGUUCCGGCUGUGCCAGAAGCCCCAGUCACAUACCGGCAGAAUCCAUCCAGUGUUUGGGUCUUUCCACCAUUGCCGCCUCAGCCAAAUCUCUACUGUGCUAAUAGUCAAGAUGCACUCGUGCAGGCAAAUGAACGGAAUGGUCUCAAGGGCUUCAAGAGGCAACUCAGUGGACGCUUUAAGAAACUCAUCUCGAGGAAACCCCACGAACCGGCUCCGGUGAUACCACCUGAAUUGAAGCCUCAACUCAAAACAAUCUACGUGUACUGAAAAAAGGAUGCAAAAAAUAGUCACUCGAGUCCAAGGAUCCUUCAGAGUUUUUUUUUUAAUUAGAAGAGGCAGUUUUUAGUGAUCACACGCUGAGGAUCCAUAUUUUAAUUUUUACAUUUUAAGAUUUGUAGCUCAAUAAGGAAGAUCCUUCAUGUUUUCUCUUUAUUUUUAAGUUAAAAAAAAAUACACAAUCCAUCUUUUACUUAAUUGCUGGCAUUAGAAGAUUAAGUAGAAGAGUAGGUAAAAUGUCUUUUGCGCACAAUGAAGAAAAAAAGAUUUUCAGUCAGUGGAUCUUCUGUAGAUCAGUUGAAGAUCACACAAGUACAGUGCUACAGAUCUUUUCUUCUUCUUGAAUAAAAACCAAUAUUUUGAGGAAAAAAAAACAUCAGAAAAUACGAUUUAUAAAAGUUAAAAUUCAAUGAAAAUAAUUUCAACAAUUUUUUUUGCAAAAUCAAUUAUAAUUUAAAAAAUUUUUAUUUGAGAAAAUAGUGAAAUUUGUAACGAACCAAAAUAAUUUUUGGGUAUUCGUGUCGGACCAUAAAGAAAAAUUUCUUUUUAAAUUUUGUAAGAAGAUUUUUUUUAUUCACAUACAAAGACUGAUUCAAUGAAACAUCAAAAAAGUUGUUCUGUUUUCUAUUAUAUUCUCUUUGUAUUUCAUUUUUAUUUCUUUACAAAUGGAGACAAAGUGAAAAGCAAUUUUCCCGUAGAAUUUCCCUCCUAUUGUUUCUUUUUCCACAGUUGAAGCAUUCUCAGUUAAAUUAAAAAAAAGAAAGAAAAGAUAAUAAAGAGAAGUCUGCAAUUUAGUGAGUAAUUGCAAAGAUGAGAAGUAAAUGAUAUAAAAAUGUUAUUAAAAAUAGAAUCAAUUCUCUUGCAUUUCUAUAUCUUAUGUAAAAAUCCUAAAAUAGUUUUAUAUGUGGAAAAAGUGCACGAGAAAGAGAAGAUAGAAAACUUAUAACGAUGAAAAAAAAAUAGUGAAAACAAUGCACAAUUUUAGAGAUAAAUGGCAAAGAAAGUGCACACAGUAAGAUGUUUCUUUGAAGAUGAGGAAAAAUGAAAGAAAAAACAUGAGUGUUGUCUAUUUUUGUGGACCAACCCUCUAAAGUGAUUUUAAAUGCAUAAUAAAAGAUUAAGUACUUUGUUUAAUAAUAGUGAGAGAAUUUUCCAGCACCAAUUAGGGAGUCAAAAUGCAAAAUUUAAUGCUAAAUUGGUUAUAUAGUUUGAGAGAAAAGACGAAAAAAAAUUCGCUGAGAAAAUCCCAAUAAUUUGAAUUAUAUAAAAUAUUUUUAAAUAAACUAACGAUUCACUCACAUUGAGUGGAAAAUUUUUAUCAUGUUAAUUCAAAUAUAAUUUUCUCUUAAAUCUUUCUCCCACACUUCACCUCAAAUCACACGAAAUGCUCGAUAAAGCACAAUACAAAAGGAAUCUUGCAUUUUAUUGAGGUAGAAUUAGAAGAGAAGAAUCAUAAGUUUUCCGAACUAAUGUGUAUUAUUGAGAAAUUAUUCUGAGAGAGCUGUUAAAUAAAUAAAUUAUAUGUAUACUAUUUACAAUAAUUUAACAAUGAAAAAAACAUCAGAAAAAAAUUACAAAUAAAAAGCAAUAUUGAUGAGAAAAA